AUGUCCUGCUCCAGCCUGUGUGCCCCUUCAUGUGGGGUGGCCACCCCAUACCCGCUGGCUGACACCACCAACGAGCCCUGUGUGCGUCAGUGCCAGAGCUCCACGGUGGUGAUCCAGCCCCCGGCUUCGGUGGUCACCUUCCCCGGACCCAUCCUCAGCUCCUUCCCACAGCACAGCGUAGUGGGCUCAGCGGGAGUCCCCGCCAUUGCCGGGGGCUACGGCGGCAGUUUUGGAGGCUAUGGGGGCUAUGGAGGCCUUGGUGGCUAUGGGGGUUAUGGAGGCUAUGGUAGCUAUGGAGGCUAUGGACGCCUUGGUGGCUAUGGAGGCUUUGGGGGCUAUGGUAGCUGUGGAGGCUAUGGAGGCCUUGGUGGCUAUGGGGGCUAUGGAGGCUAUGGUAGCUGUGGUGGCUACGGAGGCUUUGGUGGCUACGGAGGCUAUGGGGGCUUCGGAUAUGGAGGCUGGGGCCGAGGCCUUGUGUCCUUCGGUGCCAGCUGUGGGAGCUGCUAA